AGCUAAAAAAGCAAUUACCUUACAUGAUUCCCAGUUUGGCACUGAAUUGAGUUAUAAAAUGGCGUACUACAUGAACCAAGCCAGAGCACUCUUGAUCUUUUUUCUCUGGCACUGCAUUGUUGAAGUUUUAGGUCCUCCUACACUCAGCUGCUUAACACCGCCUACUAUUCAAAUGGCUACGUCUCUUCAAGAACGUCCUUCUCAGCAACGUACAGCUGCAACACAGGGUACCAACUGUCUGGAUCCCCCACAGCAAUUUGUGAAAGGGAAGACUUUUACUGGGACUCUAUAGCCACAUGUAUGAUAGUGGAUUGUGGUCCCUCUCCCUCUAUUUCCAAUGGGUCACCUGGUACUCCAACAAGGACAACAUUUGGAGGGACAGGGACGUACAGCUGUAAUACUGGUUACGUACUGUCAGGAUCAUCCACUGUUACAUGUCAAGCCAGUGGAAGUUGGAGCACUAUACCAAUUUGUCAACCCAUCUGUGGAUCCCCUCCUUCUAUCUCAAAUGGAUCUCCUGGCACACCCACUAGCAUCAUACAAGGAGGGACUGUGAUGUACAGUUGUAACUCUGGCUAUCAACUGUCGGGAUUAGCUACUGUGGUCUGUCAAGAUAGCGGAAAUUGGAGCCCGAGGCCAAAUUGUUUAGCUAUUUGUGGCUCCCCACCAUCAAUUUCCAACGGGUCACCUGGUACACCAACAAGCACAGUAGCAGGAGGAACAGUGACAUACACCUGUAACAAUGGCUACCAACGUUUAGGAUCCGCUACAGUGACCUGUCAGGCUAGUGGAAGUUGGAGUACUACACCAAUAUGCUUAGGUAUCAAGAGUUCAUUAGGAAGAAGUAUUAGCCUCGACCCCAGGCCGAUCUGUCUCCAAUUGAACGCUAGGUCGUCUACAACAGUGACCUGUCAGGCUAAUGGAAGUUGGACUGCAAGACCAAGUUGCUCACCUAUCUCUUGUGGCAACCCUCCGACCAUUCCCAAUGGGUCCAGGACUUUCACUGGCACCACAUUUGGAGAUACGGCCAUCUACACCUGUAACACUGGGUACCAACUGUCAGGAGCAGCUACAAUGAUCUGUCAGGCUAGUGGAAGUUGGAGUACUGCACCGACUUGCCCACCUGUCCCCUGUGGUAGCCCUCCGACCAUUCCCAAUGGGUCCAGGACCUUCACUGGUACGAUAUUUGAGGAUACGGCCACAUACACCUGUGACGAUGGCUAUCAACUGUCAGGAUCAUCUACAGUGACCUGUCAAGCUAGUGGAAGUUGGAGUGCAAGACCAACUUGCCCACCUGUCUCCUGUGGCAACCCUCCCACUAUUCCCAAUGGGUCCAGGACUUUCACUGAUACAACAAUUGGGGAGAUGGUCACCUACAUCUGUGACAAUGGCUAUCAACGUUCAGGAUCAGCUGCAGUAAUGUGCCAGGCUAGCGGAAGUUGGAGCACAAUACCAAGCUGUAAUGUAGCUCCUCAGCCUGGCUCUUGUGACAAUCCUCCGACCAUUCCCAAUGGAUUCAGGACUUUUGUUGGUACAUCAUUUGGAGAGUCGGCAUUUUACACCUGUAACAGUGGAUAUCAACGUUUAGGAUCAGCUACAGUGACCUGUCAGGCUAGUCGAAGUUGGAGUACUAGACCAACUUGUAAAGCAAUUUGUCCUCCUCUCACUCUUGUGAAUGGAGUGGUUGCUUACCUUCCAAGCAGUUCCGUCAUACUAGAAGGAACAGUAGCUCAACACAGCUGUAACACUGGCUACCGUCUCUCUGGAAACGGUACGAGACUCUGCAGCAAUAAUAAUGGCACUGCUGGUGUUUGGAGUUUGCCAAAUUUAUCAUGUAGAGGUAUCAUAAUUCAACUCCGUUUUGGUGGUGUACGUGAUUGCAGUCAGUACACUGCCUCUGAAAUGGUUCAGAAAACUGAUGACAUCACUGCCACACUUGUGCAAGGUGUCAUUGCUUCUUGUAAUUGUCGUUUAAACUCAACUUUCUUGUUUAACGCGUUUCUGAAAUGCUUUGCUGAUUCUCCACAACAUGUGACAUACAGAGCAACAUUGUUGAGCUCAAGUGAUCUGUCCACAUCAAAAGUGCUUGAGUAUAUAGAGAAAUGGAUUCAUUCCACUUCAAGUGUGAUUAUUCAGAAUCUUAAUCUUAACCUCAAUUCAACUUGUCCAACAGUUAUUGCUGACUUCGAUAGCUUGGAAUGCCCAGUACAAGACCCUUUGUCCGUUUUGGAUAACAUUGCUGUUAUUACAAGCUCUGUAAUGGCUAUUGUUAUUUUUAUGUUCGUUCUGUUUGUUGUUUUUAUUCUCAUCAAGAGACGUCGAAGCAAAACUGCCAAUAACCGGGACUCUUUAGAAACGACAAGCAGUAACAGAAAUCUGAACACUACCGGAACUAAUUUCCCAACCAUCCCUCGCCCCCAUGUGGGUAUCCCCUCACUCUCUACGGAGUAUGAAGUGCCUGAGGCAACAGCAUACCCAGAGUAUGAUGAGGUAGGACCUCCUGUGGUGAAAGAUGGCAAGAAUCAGUACAGCUUUGACGUGGACCCUUGUCCUGCGUACGGACAAACGACUUUGAAGAAAAGAUCACCUUGACCUCAACUAAAAUGGAACCCCAGUAUAGUGACUAUAAUUGUUUUGUUGGACUAAAAAUAAUAAUAAUUAUGCUUGACAAUGUAUUAACAUUUAUAUAUAGCACUUAGUGUA